UACGGGAGGCUGCUAGCCUUCUGUUUCUUUACCCCUAAGCUGUAUUCGAGUGCAACACCCAGUGCGGAUGAGUUUUGCAGUGUGGGAGAUGAUUGCUCCCUCUUACUCUGGGAUGCUAGAGUCUCUGACGCACCCGUAAUGCAGGUGCAGGACGCACAUCGUUCAGAUGUACAUUGCGUAGAUUGGAACGGUCAUCAUCAGAAUUUGAUUAUCACUGGCUCUGCAGACUGUACUAUCAAUCUUUUUGAUCGGCGGAAUCUUUCUGGUGUUCAAGGGAAAGCCGGACCAAUAUGCACGCUCAGACAUGGAGCUGCUGCUGUCCUCUGCGUCCAGUGGUGUCCAGACAAGCCUACAGUGCUGGGAAGCUGCUCUGAAGAUGGCGUUGUGAACAUAUGGGACAUCGACAAGGUCCGUAUGCGCGCGGUGCCCCCUUUCUUCUCUUCUCCCACCCUCCCUCCCUCCCUCCCUCUUCCCCAUCCUGCGUGGCACAGCAUCUAGCGGAUACGGUCAGGUACGAGCUUCCCAGAUAGGAAAAGACGCCUCCUCUCUCAUAAACACUAUCUUGGAGAGUGUUUUCUCCCUAGACAAGUGUUCUCCCUUUUUUUGUCCCAUCAAAAAGCCGCAGCCAUAGUCAAAUCGCCAUCCAUACAGAACAUCCCCUCUCUCUGCAAGCUGCAAGAAAUGGUAUAGCAAGAUGCAGGGCAGAAAACGCAAAGCUGUACACCGUCUGCAGAACCCUUUUUCGCCUCCUAUUCUUUACUCACAUGCAAAAGGUUCUGCUAUUCAAUCUUCAUUCGCUCAAGAUGAGCAAUAAUUUUGCAGAGCACAACACACAAGAAUACGACCUGUCUGGGAGAGGGAGGGGGACGGGGAGGGGGAGGAGAAGGAGGAGGAGGAGGAAGGCGAGAGAGAGAGAGGGAGGAAGAGGAAGAGGGAGAGGGAGAGACAGCUUCAAGAGGAGUAAAGGAAAAGCCAAACG